AUGGCUGGCUUAUAUCCUCCAAAGGGAAAAGAAGUAUGGUUUCCGGAAGAUGUGUUAACAUGGCAACCAAUACCAAUACACACUACAAUGGUAACGAUGGAUUGUCUCAUAGGAUUUCCUCCAUGUCCGAAAUAUCUUGCUCUUCUAGACGAAGCAAAGAAGAGCGAAGUGGAUUUUUUAGAUUUUAUGAGAGAGAAAUCUGGCUUAGAGCACAGUACAUCGAUGUUCGACCUUGUUGCAGUUGCGGAUUCGUCUUACUUCGAGAAAGUUGGAAACAAACCACUCCCAGAGUGGUUCAAUAGCUCAAUUUUUGAUAAGCUAAUGGAUUUAAAUAACUUUGCGACAAAAGUGAAAGAGGGCUCUGAUAACAUGGAAAUGAAACGAUUCUGUAAAGGCGUUUUACUAAACGAAAUUGCAGAUAACAUGAUUGCAAAAGCCCGGUCACCACAGAAUAGAACGUACAAAAUGUAUUCAUACGCAGGACAAGAUUCGAUGAUAUCCUGUAUUCUGAAUGCUCUAGGUGUGUUCAAUAACAUCGUGCCGCCCCCUGCCUCAUGUGUUAUGAUUGAGUUACACAAGCAUGUACAUGCCAAAAGAACUUACACAGUCGACAUAUACUACCGCAACGAUUCUUCGGUGGACCCCAUUGUACUAACGAUUCCGGAAUGCCAAACACACUGCCCACUAGAGACGUUUUUAGAAUUAACAUCCGACGUUAGGGUUACAGAAGAAAGAUGGUUUAAAGACUGCGGCGGUGAACGAAACUUUCAAUCUUAUUCCCGUGGUGCAAAUUUACAUUUGAAUAAAGGAGACCAUUUAGAAUAUUAG